UCUCCCCUCGACCCUCCCCCUCCUUCUCCACGCUCUACUCAAUUCCGCCGUCAAAGUCUUCGAUUGUUUCCGAUCUCUCGUCUCGUCUCCCCCAUCGGACGGAACCCUAGCCGCCGCCUCCACCCGCGCCACAUGGAGCCGAAGCCACCCACGCCGACGGCCGCGGCGACCCCGCGGUUCAAGCUGGGGAAGCAGUCGUCGAUGGCGCCCGACCGCGGUGGAGGUGCGGGGGAGAGCUCGGAGGAGGGGUCGAGCGAGGCGGUCGGCGUCAUGGGCUUCCAGCUGAUGUACAUGGCCCACGAGGGCGACGCCGAGGGGAUCCAGGAGCUCCUCGACGCCGGAGCCGACCCCAACUUCCGCGACUCCGACGGCCGCACGGCGCUGCACAUCGCCGCCUGCGAGGGGCAUGCCGAAGUCGCCGAUCUGCUGCUCCAGCGCGGGGCGGAUGCGGUCGCCGAGGACCGGUGGAGCAGCACGCCUUUGGCAGAUGCAUUGCAUUACCAGAAUCAUGAUGUAAUCAAGAUCUUGGAGAAGCAUGGCCCUAAGCUUAAGAUUGCUCCUAUGCAUGUUAAAAAUGUCCGUGAGGUUCCUGAGUACGAGAUUGAUCCAAAUGAGCUAGAUUUCACUAAUGGAAAUGGUAUAUCUAAGGGUACAUUUCGGAAAGCAACAUGGAGAGGUAUUAUGGUUGCUGUUAAGAAGCUUGAUGACGAUCUAAUCAUGGACGAGAACAAAGUGCGAGCAUUCAGAGAUGAGCUUGAUGUGCUACAACUAAUACGACAUCCGAAUGUUGUGCAAUUUUUGGGUGCUGUGACACAAAGCAGCCCAAUGAUGAUUGUAAUGGAAUUUAUGCCCAAGGGUGAUUUGCGCAAGCACUUGAGUAGGAAAGGAGCUCUGGAACCAUCGUACGCAGUGAGAUUAGCUCUUGAUAUUGCAAGAGGGAUGAAUUAUUUACAUGAGCAUAAACCUCAAGCUAUCAUCCACCGUGACCUUGAGCCUUCAAACAUAUUGAGGGAUGAUACUGGACAUCUAAAGGUGGCAGAUUUUGAUCUAUGUAAGAUGCUAAAAUGGAGAAUAAAAGUUAGGGAAGAGAAAGCCGUAACUUCUCCAGGCAAUGCAUGUAGGUAUGUAGCUCCAGAAGUCCUGCGAAACGAAGAGUAUGAUACUAAAGUGGAUGUCUUCUCAUUUGCUUUGAUACUUCAGGAGAUGAUUGAAGGAUGUCUCCCUUUUUAUGACAAGAAAAACAAUGAGAUUGAGAAGGCACACAAUUCUAAAGAAAGGCCACCUUUCAGAGCUCCUCCAAAGCAUUAUGCUUAUGGGUUGAGAGAGCUGAUUGAACAAUGCUGGAGUGAAAAUCCUGCUAGCAGGCCUGACUUUAAAACAAUAAUUGAACGAUUGUCUUCUAUUCAUAAUGAAAUAGCUCAGAGAAACCGUUGGAAGGUCAGACCGCUCAAAUGUUUCCUGAGCUUUGAGGGCAUGUGGAAGAAAGAUCGGAAUGAAGGCAGCACGACCCGUUCAUCACGUUCAUCGAGAUCCUAUUUUUAACAGUCAGUUGGACCAGUUGUUGAUUCUGUGUGGAGGAUUGUAUGCAUGAUUGAUAGAAAAUCAACUCGUCAUAUACCAUAUCUUUGCGCAUCACUGGAAAUAGUUUUGCAACUUCUUGUUUCACUGUUGAUCACAAUGUUGUAAAUUAGACUUCCAUCAGUGAGCACAAAGUAAUACAAAAUGGAAUGUACAGACUGUUGUUUUGUUUUC